AUGGCGGCCCCGUCGCUGAGAUCGUCGCGUUGGAUCGUCGCACUCGCGUCGCUCGCCGCUCUUGUCAUUCUCGGCCCGAUGUCAUUCUCCUCUCUCCCUCCAAUUCACAACCACGUAACGGCCACGUCAGCUUCGAAUCCAGCUAGUGUAGAUCUUCCCACAACUGGGAACGACGGGGAAACCAAUCUGGGCCGUACAGAGACUGUAACGGUGGAUGGGAUCGGACGUACGGAAGAGUCUGCAUCGUACGGAUCGACAGAAAGCGAAUCAGCGAAUGUCGAAUCUGGUCCGAGAGGAGAUCAAAUGAUAGGGUCGAAUCGCGUGUCAGUUUUCGUUCCAAAGUGCGCGGAAUCUGCGGGGAACGCGCCACUGAUCCACCGUCGAGCAGAAACUCUCAGCCUGGCAUCUUUCAAUGCAGUACCAGACGGCACCACUGAUAACACUGCUGCAUUCCGAGCGGCUAUCGGUGCGGUACAGUCGCUGGUGGCCGCCCAAUCAGUGGAGGGCAGAGGCGAUGCUGACGUGGCACUGGGGGCCACGCUGGUGGUGCCACGUGGCACCUGGCUGACUGGUCCUUUCAACCUCACCAGUCACAUGACUCUGUUUCUUGAACAAGGCGCAAUUCUACUGGCUAGCCCUCACAUGCCCGACUACCCCCUGGUGCCGCAGCCCCCCACGUAUGGGCCAGGGAGAGAGCUAGAACCUGGGCCACGUCACCACAGCCUCAUACUCGCUUACAACGUCACGGAUGUGCUUAUAACGGGAGAGAACGGGACGAUUGAUGGCAACGGGAGGCCGUGGUGGGAAGCGAUGGAGAGGAAGAGCCUGCACCACAUGCGACCUCAUGUGCUAGAGAUCCAGAGCAGCUGCCACGUGGCAGUCUCUCAUUUGACGCUGGUGAACGCGCCCUUCUGGUUCAUCCGCCCGCUCUACUCCUCCCGCCUCUCCUUCCGCCAUCUCACCAUCACCGCUCCCAGCACCGUUAGACAGACAGACGGAAUUGAUCCAGACUCCAGCACGCACGUGCUUAUAGAGGACUGCCACAUCAGCACGGGGGAUGAUGCCGUGGCAAUAAAGAGCGGAUGGGACCAGUACGGGUACAACGCCCACCCUGCUGCGCCCUCUGCUGAUAUCACAGUGCGCCGAGUCACUGUGCAGGUGCCGCCUGGCAGUGGCGGCGUGGGCCUAUCAAUCGGCAGUGAGAUGAGUGGCGGUGUGCAGAGAGUGAGGUUUGACGACUGCCGUGUGCUCGGUGCUGACGUGGGCAUCCGGAUCAAAUCCGCCGCCGGACGAGGGGGGUUCGUCAAGAAUGUUUCAUUCAUUCGCACUUAUGUACAGGACGUGAAAGUAGCUUUCACCAUCACCUCUUUCUUUGGCCACGGGGAUCCUCCCGGGUUCGACCCUCACGCACUGCCAAUCAUCCAAGACAUUACUGUAGACGGACUUACAGGAGAUAAUAUCGAUCGGGUUGUGAAGGUAGAAGGGUUAGCGGAGCAGCCCAUAAAGGGGGUGACUAUAUCGAAUGUGGAUGUGAAGUUGAGUGAGAAAGCACGGCCGAGGAAGGCAUGGAGGUGUAGUGGUGUUGAGGGCGGGCAGGUGUCGAAUGUUUCGGGCAGUUUCCCCAAUAGAAAACAAUGUACUGGGAUGUCAUGGGGCACAUAA